AUGGAGGCCCAGAAGAAGAGGAUUGUUCUGUUCGACGUGGAUGGCACCCUCGUCAAGCCCAUGGGGCGAGUGACACCCGAGAUGACCGUGUUCCUCGAGGAUUUGCGCAAGAUCCUCCCCACAGCUAUCGUCGGCGGUUCCAACUUCGACAAGCAGAGGUACCAGAUCGGCGAAGAUGUUCUGUCCCGGUUCGACUACGUGUUCUCUGAGAACGGCUUGGUGGCCUUCAAAGACGGACAGCCCCUCGGCAUUGAGAGCAUCAAGACCAAGUUCGGUGAUGAGAAGAUCAAGGAGUUCACCAAGUACGUGCUCACCCUCAUCGCGUCGCUCGACAUCCCCGUCAUGCGGUACGGGCACGUUUAUCGAGUUCCGCUCGGGCAUGUGGAACAUCUCUCCCAUCGGCCGCAACUGCUCGCAGGAGGAGCGCGAGGNGAGCACAAGGUGAGGGAGAAGAUGGUGAAGCAGCUCCAGGAGCGAUUCGCCGACUGGAACCUCAAGUUCUCGAUUGGCGGUGAGAUCUCCUUCGACGUCUUCCCCGCCGGCUGGGACAAGACCCACUGCCUCAAGUACCUGCAGGAGUACGACGAGAUCUACUUCUACGGCGACAAGACCAUGCCCGGUGGCAACGACUACGAGAUCUUUUCGCACCCCGACGUCGUGGGCCACACCGUCGUUUCGCCCGAGGACACCAUGCGCCAGGUCAGGGAGCGCUUCAUGCAAUAG